GUCCACGCUCCUUUUUGCCUCCCCGUUAUUCCACUUUCCUAACUCCUCUCCCACACCUUUGUCACAUACACAACCAUGCCCAAGGCCAAGAGAUCGCAGGUCGUCACGCUGACAAAGACCAAGUCGAAGGGUCGCGAGGCCAAGUCCUCGCUGAUGGAGCAAGUGCGUGUCGCCGCCGACACCUACGACUACGUCUGGGUAUUCUCGGUCGAGAACAUGCGCAACGCCUACCUAAAGACCGUGCGCAACAACUUCAAGACCAGCCGCUUUUUCUUCGGGAGCAACAAGGUCAUGGCCAAGGCCCUGGGCAAGACCGCCGAGGAAGAGAUCAAGCCCGACAUGCACAAGAUCGCCGAGCAGCUGACUGGCGAGGUCGGCCUGCUGUUUACUAACAACAGCAUCGAGGACGUGAAGAAGGCGUUUGACGAGUACGCAGCCGACGACUAUGCUAGGGCUGGCUGCAUUGCCACCGAGAAGGUCGAGGUCCAGGCUGGCGAGGUCACCAGGGGGUACACCCAGGAGACCUUCCCGAAUAACAUGGAGCCCCAGCUGCGCGAGCUCGGCAUGCCCACGCUGCUCAGGCAGGGCAAGAUCACCAUUGACUACGACUAUGUCAUCUGCCAGGAGGGCGACCGUCUGACCCCCCAGCAGGCCCAGCUGCUGAAGCUCUUCUGGGUCAAGCAGGCUGUCUUCAAAAUCGACCUGAUCGCCUAUCUCCACAACGGCGAGUUUGUUAACCUCGAGGCCGAGGAUGACGAGGACAUGGAGUAAAAAAUUGUUUCUUUUCCCGUAUUUUUCUGCAACAUCUACCGAAACCAAUCGACGCAAAC